GACGUGAAGAACAGCCGCUCCACGGACUCCAUCAGACUGCUCGCUCUGCUCUCAUUGGGCGAGGUGGGACACCAUGUGGACCUGAGCAGCCAACCAGAGCUCAAGACGGUCAUCCUGGAUGCUUUCUCCUCCUCCAGUGAAGAGGUGAAGUCGGCGGCCUCCUACGCGCUGGGCAGCAUCGCUGUGGGGAAUCUUCCAGAAUAUCUGCCCUUUGUCCUGCAGGAGAUCUCGUCCUCCAAGAGACAGUACCUGCUGCUGCACUCGCUCAAAGAGAUCAUCAGUUCGGCAUCAGUGUCGGGUCUGAAGCCGUACGUGGAGUCCGUCUGGUCUCUGCUGCUCAAACACUGCGAGUGUCAGGAGGAAGGAACCAGGAACGUGGUGGCCGAGUGUCUCGGCAAACUGACGCUGAUCGACCCCGAAACGCUGCUGCCCCGCCUCAAAGGAUACCUGCUGUCAG